UCUCUUUCUCUCUCUCUCUCUCUCUCUCUCUCUCUCUGAUGGGGGAGGGAAGGUGGUGACAAGUUAGAAGCGCUUGCGGCAGGUCCCCGCCCCCAGGAUCGGGCUCCCCCUGCAAAGACAGGAUGCAAAGGUAGAAGCACCUUACUUCGCAGCAUCCAGACCUGGAGGGGCUGCGCCCACUGGCUGAGCCCACCCGUUCCCCAGCCAAAGGACGGCCCGCUGUUCUCCAUGGUACUGCGGAGAGCUCAGCUCCGCCCUUCUCUUUCAGAAGGACAGCACCCGGCGUCACGUAACCCAGCCUUCUCGGGCUCCACCACCGCCUCUUCCUUCCCAGCUCUUUCCCUCUCCUCCUCCUCCUCCUCCUGCUCCCCUCCGUUGCCUGUUCUCCCCUCCCGCACUCCUGGAGAUAGACGCUCAAGCCUGACGCUUCUGAAAAGGCAGCAGCAGUCGCCUUAUCCAUAGACCUCAGGAAAUUCGCUUUGACUGAUGCAUGCUUCAGGCUCUGGCUCAAGCUAAGGGGAAUAAACACACAGAUUUCUGGGUCCUUAUAAAAAGACAAAAUAAAACCAAAAUGCAUCACCAAUACACAACCAAUUGAUGUGCUGGCAUCUUAGCUUGGCCUUCCAGAGGUGGAGAGGAAAGAAGAGGAGCUGUUGUGAUUUCCACAUCUAACAGCUUCUGGCUAUCUCACAGCUUCUGGAAUUGAGUCCUACUGUUGGGGAGGUUAAAAAGAAAAGUAAAAUCCAGCCUGUGAGGCCAUGCACAAGGAAUUUGGCUUUAGCUGCAGUGGUGCUGAAGUCCAUGACAUGAUGGAACAAGCAGGCCUUUGAAGCUAUUCUGAGGUUACUAAAGAGGCAAGACUCUUUCCUCCUUUCUGGUUUGGGACACUACAUUCGCAGGAGAAACACUUGAGGCAUUCACAAGCUUCCAAGGAUACUGAUUCAUUGCUGGGUUUUGGUACGUCCCUGAGAAAAGCGUUUGCUUCUUACUGACUCUAACUAGUUCACUUUUGUCUGGGACCACUGGUGGUACUCGGCAGAUAAUGGUAUUUGAGGAGUGAAGUAUCUGCUGACACCACAGAUGCCCUUAAACUGGUUCAUCAGACUUCAAUGGAUCAGUGAUUUCCCUUGAUCUUCUGUUGACGCCUUUUCCAGAACGUUGCCUCCAAAGUGUAUCCUCCCUUUGGUCUGGAAGUUCUGUGGCUGCCCUGCACCACUGGGGUCUACGUUUUCCUGUUGGAAGGGGACUAUAGGGAGAGAGGGAGGGGUUGUUGGAAGAAAAAGAAGAAAAAAAGAACUAGAUAAAGGAGGGCACAUCCCUCCCACCCUGCCUAUCCCUUUACCCUACUUUCUCUUUGGACCCUUAUUUCUUCAUCACGGUGUCCAGGACCAUUUUGACCCUGUCGGCCCCGGCACCCCCCCGCCGCACCCCAGCCCCGAGCAUGGGGACGGCGCUUCUCCAGCGCGGGGGCUGCUUUCUCCUGUGCCUCUCGCUGCUGCUGCUGGGCUGCUGGGCAGAGCUGGGCAGCGGGCUGGAGUUCCCGGGCGCUGAGGGCCAGUGGACGCGCUUCCCCAAGUGGAACGCCUGCUGCGAGAGCGAGAUGAGCUUCCAGCUCAAGACGCGCAGCGCCCGAGGCCUAGUGCUCUACUUCGACGACGAGGGCUUCUGCGACUUCCUGGAGCUGAUCCUGACGCGCGGGGGCCGCCUCCAGCUCAGCUUCUCCAUCUUCUGCGCGGAGCCCGCCACGCUCCUGGCCGACACGCCGGUCAACGACGGCGCCUGGCACAACGUGCGCAUCCGCCGCCAGUUCCGCAACACCACGCUCUUCAUCGACCAGGUGGAGGCCAAGUGGGUGGAGGUUAAGUCCAAGCGCAGGGAUAUGACGGUGUUCAGCAGCCUCUUCGUCGGGGGGCUGCCCCCGGAACUGCGCGCUGCGGCGCUCAAGCUCACGCUGGCCUCGGUGAGGGAGCGGGAGCCCUUCAAAGGGUGGAUUCGUGACGUGAGGGUCAACUCCUCCCAGGCGCUGCCGGUGGACAGCGGCGAGGUGAAGCUGGACGACGAGCCGCCCAACAGCGGCGGCGGGAGCCCCUGCGAGGCGGGAGAGGAGGGCGAGGGCGGGGUGUGCCUCAAUGGAGGCGUGUGCUCCGUGGUGGACGACCAGGCCGUGUGCGACUGCUCGAGAACCGGCUUCCGCGGCAAGGACUGCAGCCAAACAAAUAAAUUCAGUCUUCAGUGUGUUCCUCUGAUGUUGUUACAUGAAAACCAAGGCAAAUAUUGUGGUAUAAAUGCAGAAAAUCUAUGAAUAGAUAAAGACAACAAUGUGGAAGGUCUGGCGCACCUGAUGAUGGGCGACCAAGGUAAAAGUAAAGGAAAAGAAGAAUAUAUUGCAACUUUCAAGGGAUCUGAAUACUUCUGCUACGACUUGUCUCAAAACCCCAUUCAAAGCAGCAGUGAUGAAAUAACUCUAUCCUUUAAAACCCUUCAGAGGAAUGGACUGAUGCUUCACACUGGGAAAUCAGCCGAUUAUGUCAAUCUUGCCCUGAAAAAUGGAGCUGUCUCUCUGGUCAUUAAUUUGGGAUCAGGGGCCUUUGAAGCACUAGUGGAGCCCGUGAAUGGAAAGUUUAAUGAUAAUGCCUGGCAUGAUGUGAAAGUCACCAGGAAUCUGCGUCAGCACUCAGGCAUUGGACACGCUAUGGUAAACAAACUACAUUGUUCGGUGACAAUAUCAGUGGAUGGGAUUCUUACCACAACGGGCUACACACAAGAAGAUUAUACCAUGCUGGGGUCUGAUGACUUUUUCUAUGUUGGAGGCAGUCCCAGCACAGCAGACCUUCCAGGGUCACCAGUCAGUAACAACUUUAUGGGCUGUCUCAAAGAGGUUGUAUAUAAAAAUAAUGAUGUAAGGCUGGAAUUAUCUCGACUUGCCAAGCAAGGAGAUCCUAAGAUGAAGAUCCAUGGAGUGGUGGCAUUUAAAUGUGAGAAUGUUGCGACUUUAGACCCAAUUACCUUCGAAACACCAGAGUCUUUCAUCUCUUUACCUAAAUGGAAUGCAAAGAAAACAGGCUCCAUAUCAUUUGAUUUCCGCACAACAGAGCCAAAUGGACUCAUCUUAUUUAGCCAUGGCAAGCCAAGACAUCAAAAAGAUGCCAAACACCCACAGAUGAUAAAGGUAGACUUCUUUGCUAUUGAGAUGCUGGAUGGCCACCUCUACCUCCUCCUGGACAUGGGGUCGGGUACUAUAAAAAUAAAAGCCCUGCAGAAGAAAGUGAAUGAUGGAGAAUGGUAUCAUGUGGACUUCCAGAGAGACGGACGGUCAGGUACCAUUUCUGUCAACACACUGCGCACGCCCUACACUGCUCCUGGCGAGAGUGAGAUUUUGGACCUGGAUGAUGAGUUGUACCUGGGGGGCUUGCCAGAAAAUAAGGCUGGCCUUGUCUUCCCCACCGAGGUGUGGACUGCUCUGCUCAACUAUGGCUACGUGGGCUGCAUCAGGGAUUUGUUCAUUGAUGGCCAGAGCAAAGAUAUCCGGCAAAUGGCUGAAGUUCAAAGUACUGCUGGAGUGAAGCCCUCGUGCUCAAGGGAAACAGCAAAACCGUGCCUUAGCAACCCUUGCAAAAACAAUGGCAUGUGCAGGGAUGGGUGGAACAGAUACGUCUGCGAUUGUUCCGGAACAGGCUAUCUCGGGAGGUCCUGCGAGAGAGAGGCAACGGUUUUGAGCUAUGAUGGGAGUAUGUUUAUGAAAAUCCAGCUCCCAGUGGUCAUGCACACGGAGGCUGAGGAUGUAUCCUUACGGUUCCGAUCCCAGCGUGCAUACGGCAUUCUAAUGGCAACCACUUCUAGAGAUUCCGCAGACACCCUCCGCCUGGAGCUAGACGCAGGGCGUGUGAAACUGACGGUCAAUCUAGAUUGUAUCAGGAUUAACUGUAAUUCCAGCAAAGGUCCCGAGACCCUUUUUGCUGGCUAUAACCUCAAUGAUAAUGAAUGGCACACAGUGCGUGUGGUUCGGCGAGGAAAAAGUUUAAAGUUAACUGUGGAUGACCAACAGGCCAUGACAGGUCAAAUGGCGGGUGAUCAUACGAGGCUGGAGUUCCAUAACAUAGAGACUGGCAUCAUCACAGAACGACGGUAUCUUUCUUCUGUCCCCUCCAACUUUAUUGGACACCUACAGAGCCUAACAUUUAACGGAAUGGCAUACAUUGACCUGUGUAAAAAUGGCGACAUAGAUUACUGUGAGCUCAAUGCCAGAUUUGGCUUCAGGAACAUCAUAGCAGACCCUGUCACCUUCAAGACCAAAUCGAGCUAUGUUGCCUUAGCUACAUUGCAAGCCUACACUUCUAUGCAUCUUUUUUUCCAGUUUAAGACAACAUCCCUAGAUGGACUAAUUCUAUAUAACAGUGGAGAUGGAAAUGAUUUUAUUGUUGUUGAAUUAGUUAAAGGGUACUUACAUUAUGUGUUUGAUUUGGGAAAUGGUGCUAACCUCAUCAAAGGGAGCUCAAAUAAACCUCUCAAUGACAAUCAGUGGCACAACGUGAUGAUAUCAAGGGACACCAGCAAUCUCCACACUGUAAAGAUUGACACGAAAAUCACAACACAAAUCACGGCCGGAGCCAGGAACUUAGACCUCAAGAGGCCCAGCACAACCUGUCAAGAGGACUCAUGUUCCAAUCAAGGUGUGUGCUUGCAGCAAUGGGAUGGCUUCAGCUGUGACUGCAGCAUGACUUCCUUCAGUGGGCCACUCUGCAAUGACCCUGGGACAACGUAUAUCUUUAGCAAAGGUGGUGGACAAAUCACAUAUAAGUGGCCUCCUAAUGACCGGCCCAGUACACGAGCAGACAGACUGGCCAUAGGGUUUAGCACUGUUCAGAAAGAAGCUGUAUUGGUGCGUGUGGACAGUUCUUCAGGCUUGGGGGACUACCUAGAACUGCAUAUACACCAAGGAAAAAUUGGAGUUAAGUUUAAUGUUGGGACAGAUGACAUCGCCAUUGAAGAGUCUAAUGCAAUCAUCAAUGAUGGGAAAUACCACGUAGUCCGUUUCACGAGGAGUGGUGGCAAUGCCACAUUACAGGUGGACAGCUGGCCAGUGAUCGAGCGCUACCCUGCAGGAAACAAUGAUAACGAGCGCCUGGCGAUUGCUAGACAGCGAAUUCCAUAUCGACUUGGUCGAGUAGUUGAUGAAUGGCUACUCGACAAAGGGCGUCAGCUCACAAUCUUCAAUAGCCAAGCAACCAUAAUAAUUGGCGGGAAAGAGCAGGGCCAGCCUUUCCAGGGCCAGCUCUCUGGGCUUUACUACAAUGGCUUGAAAGUUCUGAAUAUGGCAGCCGAAAACGAUGCCAACAUCGCCAUAGUGGGAAAUGUGAGACUGGUUGGUGAAGUGCCUUCCUCUAUGACAACUGAGUCGACAGCCACUGCCAUGCAGUCAGAGAUGUCCACAUCAAUUAUGGAGACCACCACAACCCUGGCUACUAGCACGGCCAGAAGAGGAAAGCCUCCCACGAAAGAACCCAUUAGCCAGACCACAGAUGACAUCCUUGUGGCCUCAGCAGAGUGUCCCAGCGAUGAUGAGGACAUUGACCCCUGUGAGCCGAGCUCAGGUGGGUUAGCUAACCCAACUCGAGCAGGUGGGAGAGAGCCAUACCCAGGCUCAGCAGAAGUGAUACGAGAGUCUAGCAGCACCACCGGCAUGGUCGUUGGGAUAGUAGCCGCUGCCGCCCUGUGCAUCCUUAUCCUCCUCUAUGCCAUGUACAAGUACAGAAACCGGGAUGAAGGCUCAUACCAUGUGGACGAGAGUCGAAACUACAUCAGUAACUCAGCACAGUCCAAUGGGGCAGUUGUAAAGGAGAAACAACCCAGCAGUGUGAAAAGCGCCAACAAAAAUAAGAAAAACAAGGAUAAAGAGUAUUACGUCUGA